AUGUCAAAAGGUAUCUAUCACCUCAACUCUUUUCGACCAUGGAAUCCUUUUCAGAAUGAACCACCAUCUCUGCGAAAGCCAAUCGAAAAUAUUCGGUAUCCGAGCCCUGAGCCGAUCACCACUCUUCCACCUCCGUCUAUGUCUCAUGGAGAAGUCUCAGAGACCCCGGGGAGCCACGACAAAGCCCAACGACAUCCUCUUCCUGCUCGCCCACCUUUGGAAGUUUGCUUGAGUAAUGAACUCCCGUCAGACCCUCAAUCAACCAGAUCAGAAGCAACAGAUCAACAGCGAAUUGUUCCUCUUGAGCAGCUUCCUCGAACUCCCCACCCUGGAAACUCUAUCCAGAUUCUGAGAGUCCCAGAUACCAUACACAUCGAUCCUGCAAUUCUGGGCGAUUCAUGUCCAAGUGCCGAUCAUGUCGCCGAUACUACAACCGACCAAGAUACUGCUCUCACAGACACGCGUUCCUCAGUGGAUCCGUCCUUCCUCGAAGCAGAUCUCGUCUACUUAAACCCUCUUCCGUUAAGCCAAUGUGACACCGAGGACAUUGCCAUGUUGGACCAACUGGCUCCUGAAGUGACAAUGCCCUCGUAUACUAGGAAGAAAAGGAAGCGGGACCACACUAUUAAACUGCCCCAAAAAAGAACCAGUGGUCACAAAAGUCCGUCCUUUACUUCGGUUCAAUCUCAUUUCUUAGCUAUGCCAGUCGAGGAGCAAUUGCAGUUUCUAUCCUGGCUGUUUGAGAGAGCUUUGUCAUAUUGUGUUUCUACACCGACGAGUGUGAAUCCCGCAGUAACAGCACACUUGGGUCCAUCACUCGAUGCGGAAAUGAUGCACGAUUGUGCUCAUGAAAACUCAGAAGCUGAGUCCGCGGACGCGCAGCCUUUGUCAUCCCAACAUACAUCCAUAUCAAAUCCGCAUCAUGAAAGGCUGUCACAUACCGAAGACAGACUUGGAGUGGUGGAGAGUGAUGAAACUGAGCAUGAGGUCGAAAAAAUCCUUAAACAUCAGGAGAAUUCUCUUGGCUCCGUUUUAUACCUUGUGAAGUGGAAGAAUUAUGAUGUCACUGAGGCCACUUGGGAACCACACGAUUCCAUGCAGGACACGGCUGCGUUGGAAAAUUACGAACGAGAAUUGGCUAUCACUAUGAAUAAGAGUCGUAAUUCUAUGCGUGUUUUCACUAGCAACCCUGAUCACGGAACGCAAACAUUCUGUUCUGCCAACCAUUCAAAUGCAGUUACCGGAAGCACAAAAGCACACAACCAUCUUCCCACAAGGAGAGGUCUCAAGUGGUCUCCAGAAGAAAAGCGUUUCCUUACGAAGCUGAAGCUAAAAAAGAAGGUUCCUUGGUCGAAUGUGUGUCAGCAAUUUAGGCGGGAAUUUCCUGGUCGGACUGACGGCACCAUCCAACUACAAUGGAGUAAAAUGAAGGGGAAUGUACUAUAUCAAUAG